GAGAAAAUAACGAAUGUAACAGUUUAAACCUGAGGAAUUUAUUAAUCAAUUCACGAAAGAUGAAAUAUCUUGUCAUUUUAGCCUUUUUCAUUGCCGUUAAUGGUCAAAAUUUUCUACAAGAAACACCGGCAUCGUCUGAAAGUCUCUGUGAGUCAAUAUGUGCCUUCAGUUGUAAACUGUACAGCUCUCCCAGUGGACUGGCUCUAGAUGGUUGUCCUGGACUCUGUAUCUGUGAACCGUAUUGUGUAGAUAAUGGAGCACGGUACACUGAUGGACAAUUGUUUUCAAAGGGAUGUAACUCAUGUCGAUGUUCAAAUGGUAAAAUACUAUGUAACGAUAGAGCUUGUAAACCAGGACGGUGUCAACACAAUGGAGAAUUAGUUGAGAAUGGAGCCAGCUUUAAGGUGGAUUGUAAUAACUGUACAUGUAGAAAUGGUGUACCGAUCUGUACCACUCAAUUCUGUGCUAAAUCAGAUACCUGUAGAUAUAACAGUCAGAUUUAUCAAGAAGGUGAACAGUUUAACAUGGAUUGCAACAGCUGUAUCUGUAGAAGUGGACAUCUUCAAUGUACUGAUCUUAUCUGUCCAAAAAAAUGUGUCCAUAAUGGAACAUCCUAUUCUGAAGGUGAAAAAUUUAAGAUAGAUUGUAAUACCUGCUCUUGUAACAAUGGUUUAUCUGUUUGUACAUUGAAGGCUUGUCCUCCACAACCCUCGAAGACGUGUGUCGUAAACGGUACCGUCCACAAGAAUGGCGAAGUUUACAAAGUUGAGUGUAAUACAUGUUGGUGCUCAGGUGGGAUUCAGGCCUGUACUAAAAUGGCUUGUAAAUCUAAAAGAGACUGCAAAGUAAAUGAUGUAGUCCAUAUGGAUGGGGACGUAUAUAAAAUAGACUGUAAUACAUGUUGGUGUAAGAAUGGUAUACAGUCCUGUACCAAGAUGGCUUGUAAUCCGGCUGGUACGUGUGAAUACAAUGGAACCAUGUAUAAUAACGGCGACUCUUACAAAGCUGACUGCAACUCCUGUAUCUGCAUGAAUGGUAUUUCACAAUGUACAGAAAUGAUGUGUCCACCACCGAAACCAGAGAUCACAGGGGCCUGUCUUCAGGGUGCUCUUUGUCCAAGUCCUACCAGUGUGAUAUUGGAUGGUAUCACUGUUUGCUGUCGACUGGCUAAUCAGAGACUGUCCAUUGAAAGAGUUAGAGAAACUAAAGACUAUACCUGUCGAUGUUCAGGACCACUGUAAAAGAAUGAAAUGAAAGACCAAACAAAUGAUGCAAGUUCCUUCUUAUUUUGAAAGAAAACUACUUGAUUAAAGACCACAGUUAUAACAUCAAUAUAUAAUUAUAACUCCAAAUUGAUAAUAAAAUCCAUUAUGUGGUGUGA